AUGAGUAUGAAUAAUGAUGAUGUGUUAGUUCAAUUGGUACGAGAUCCUCAUGUGAUUCAUUAUAAUGGGAAACGAAUGAUGGGGUCAAUUACAUUACAACAAUUAAAGCAGACGCAGAAGAAAACUUCGUUGAUUAAUAAUAAGGAAAAUUCUAUGAUUAGUUGGCAAUUAAUUUGGAAAGAAAAAUUUAAAAAUGGUUUAACUUUUUAUUUUGAUCUACAAUCAUUAUUAUCCAAGAAUAAUAAUCUUAAAAAAAUUAAUAAUUUACAAAUUUUAUCAUUAAAGAAAAAAAUUUUACAAAAUGGUGGGAAAAUUGAACCAAUAUUGAAUAACAAACAAACUCAAAAUGAAAAUUUAAUUAUUAUAAGUAAUGAAUUAUCAACAACAGAUCAAAAGAAGAAAAUUUGGGAUUUAUCAAAAUUAUCAAGAUUUUUUCAAAAUUUUGAAAUGAAUUUUAGUCAGUAUAUUGAUGAUUCUAAGGAUAAUAUUAAAUCAAAUUCACAAUAUUCAACUGAUGUGAUUUAUUUUAAGGAUUCGCCACACAUAUAUUUAUAUGAUAUGAGACAACGUUAUAAACCAUUAAUUUGUAAACAAUGGGAUAUUGCUUUAGUUAAUAAAUCUGGUAAAGAUCAAUUGCCUUAUCCACAUAUUCAAAAAAAUUCAGAUUAUGGGAAAUGUCCAUUUAAACCAACUCCUCCGAUAAAUAACAAUACGAAUAAUAAUAGUUCUUUAGUAGCAUUAACUAAAAAAAGAUAUACUCGUGAUCUUAUAAAUCAAAGAUAUGCAUUAAAAUUACGUAAAAUUUAUCAAAGACAUGCGUUUCCACCAAAGGAUUUAAAAAAUAUUAUUAAUGAUUUAGAAUUACAAGAAUCUGUUAAUCAAGAAUUGUAUGAUUAUUUUAAUCAUGAUUGUCAAAAUUCAAAAAAAUUAAUGAAUUCUUUAAAAUUUUUGCAAUUGAAAAGAUUUAAUACAAUGGAUGUAAAUUUUAAAAGUUUUAAUGAAAAUGUUGAUCCACUAGUUUCAUUAAGAAAUGAUUUAGUCAUUGCAAAACAUACUUCGUCAUCUUCAUCAUCGUCGUCAUCAUCGUCGUCGUCAUCAUCAUCAUCGGAACCAUCAUUCGACAAUGAUUCCUUAGGAAGUAAUGAUACAGUAGAAACAUUAGCACUAUCGGAAUUAUCAGAUGAUCAUGAACCAAGAACUUCAUUAUUAGAAUUAACACAACAAGCAUCAAUGUAUGAUGAACAAUAUGAUGAAACUGUUGUAAAUACAGGAUUCAGACCAUUACAUAAAUCAAUUGAAUUAAGAAAUAACAAAAAAAGAUAUUGUGAAAAUUGUCAUCAAGUAUAUACUGAUACAUUAAGACAACAUAUCUUAACAGAGACGCAUAAAAUAAAUUCAAUGGAUGAAACAAAAUUUACAGAUAUUGAUAAAUUAAUAAAAUUAAUUAAGACAUAA